CAAGAUGGCAACAUUUAUUCGGUUGGUUUUAGUUUUACUAGCUAUAACCUUUUCAGCAUUUGCCACAACAUCUGAGGUCGAACACAAGGUGGUGAUAGUUGGUGCGGGCAUCUCAGGGUUUGCAGCAGCAACAACCCUUUUGGAAAACAACUUUACUGACUUUGUUGUUUUGGAGGCAUCAGACAGGAUUGGCGGCAGGAUUAACACCGUCCAGUUCGAAGGUGUACCUGUAGACAAAGGUGCAGAGUUUGUCCAUGGUCAGGAGGACAACAUCGUCUACGACCUGGUGAAGCCCUACGGUCUGUUAGCCUCGUACGCUCCGCUCGCCUCGUCAGAGAAACACAUCUUUGCUGACGUCACAGGUCGUCAGUACAACAACACUCUGGUAUAUUCGCUGGUGGAAGAGGCUCGUGAAAUUUUCUACCAGGACUACAGUGAGCACAAUAGCUCAGACGGUUCUGUAGCUGGCUUCUUCUAUCCCAGGCUGCAGGAGCUGGUGACAGCAAGUGAAGUAGACGCUGAGCUAUGGGAGGCUGUCAACCAAACUGUGACAACCAAUGAGAUGGUGUACAGCGCUGCAGACAGCCUUGACCAGUUAGGGGUGCGAGGGGAGGGGGAGUAUGUGGAGAAUGGGGGUGAUCAGACCUUGAAGUGGACCUUCCGUGGGUACAAGACCAUCUUUGAGAUACUGUCGAACAAGUUUCCCAACGUCUCCGAGGAGCUGCCCAUCAUGGAGAAGGUUCUGUUCGGCAAGGAGGUGCAGGGGUUGGACUAUGGUCAGGGGGAGGGGAAGGUAGUAUUGAGAUGUACUGAUGGUAGUAGCUACACAGCUGAUCACGUGGUCAUCACAGUGUCACUGGGGGUGCUCAAGAAACACAUGGAGAUGUUCAACCCUACCUUGCCACGGAGUAAGACUAAUGCUAUCCAGACUUUGGGAAUAGGGUGUGUCGGAAAAGUGUUUCUCUUAUUUCCAACUCGAUGGUGGCCUGAAGAUAUCAACGUAAUUGUUCCAAUGUUUUCUAAGAAACAGCUUGAAGACUUCAAGAAAAAUUCCACCCAUGGUUACUGGGCCGCCUACACCUCCGGGUUCUGGCCGGUGAUGCAGCAUGAGCGUAUGCUCUGUGCGUGGUUCUCAGGGGAAGCUUGUAGAAUCAUGGAGAAGUUGACGGAAGAAGAAGUCAUCCAGGGUCUGCUUGAGCUGCUUAAUGCUCUUGUAGGCAAACAACAUCAGAUUCCCCGACCUGAAGGAAUUCUGAGGACUAACUGGGCCAGCUAUCCCUACACGUUAGGAUCAUACUCUUUUUACACGCCAGAUAGCGAUCGUCUAAAUGUAACUAGAAAUCAUCUAUCCGAGCCUGUACUACAUCAUGAUAAACCUGUUUUACUGUUCGCUGGGGAGGCUACUCACCCUCACUACUGGAGUACAGUGCAUGGCGGACUGGCAACAGGGAUUAGGGAGGCAAACAACCUACUAAAGUAUCUCCAGACUGCCUGAAAUAUAGGGAAUUUUGUAUACUAACCUAAGGAGUUUCUUGAAUAAUAAAUCAAUUUUUAUCUUUUGAAAAAUGCACAUAAGACUUUUGAAACAAAGUACAUAAAAUUGAGUUUACAACAUAAUUUUGGUUCAUUUGCUUCUGGUAUUGAUCAGGGGGUUAGAAAGGCCAACAACCUAAUACAGGACUAAAGGAUAGUACUGUCCCAAAUUUGGGGGCAUUGAGUGUACUACGUUAUGGUAGUUCUGAAAUAUACAAAUUGAAGGGGUCCAGAAAAAACUAAACAUACUCCUAUAAAACAAAUUUCUUCUUGUUAAAAUUGUUAAAUAUGAUUUAUUUAUGUUAUAAUAAACUAAGAAAGCCACAGGGGGACAUUAAUAACAAGACCCUUGAUAACAAGUCGCUCUUUAUAACAAAAGUCAUUUUUAAAUUUCCUAUAAUUCGU